ACCUUAAAGCAACGUAUUAUGAUGUAAAAUCGUCGAUAUGUAUUGAUAAUUUGUCAUUUGCAUGAAAACUCGGCUAACGAAUUCUGUGAUCUCGAACUAGACUGCAUGUCUCCCAGCGGUUCCUGUUGUUCUGAUUAUUCGUUUCACCGUCAUUUCCAGCGAUUACUUCACCAGUUCUGCUGACAGUCCACAGAGCAGAAUGCAGGAAUUUGCUCGACUUUUCAAGUAGUUUACAACGCGUUCGUUCAUUCGUGGGAUAUUUAAACCUACUUUUUCCCUUUUAUGACCAGAUACUAUUGUUACUCAAACUUAGUCGACAUUUACACGUCUGACGGUGAAUCAGCCGUUUCUUCAUGCCUUAGUGAAUAGUUUUUUAAACGGACAUUCCAGAGGAAUAAACAAAAUUGGAUUAAGAUGGCGAACAAAAAUAUCGUUUUUGGUUUGAGUUUGAUUUGGAGUUUUAUCGCAUGCGUUUCUUGCAAAUGUUUGCACCAUGAGGAACAGCUGGUGUACCAGUGGGUGGCUGUGGAAUUCAAAUGGCCGAAUGAUACCAUGAAGCAGGAAUACAUCAACUCUAGUAAAUACAUAUUAGAAAAUAACGCCAUCAACGGAAUAAAACUGUAUAAAGAUGAUGUUUACUUGACAAUUCCCAGGCUGAAGGAUGGGGUCGCCGCAUCGCUCGUAAUUAUUGAUAAAAACGACUACAGCGAAUCUCCGAUGGUUGAUGCAUAUCCCAGCUGGGAAAUGCAUAUUUUAGGAGACUGUAAUACACUGCAAUUAGUACAAAGCAUGGAAAUAGAUCCGGAGAGUGGGUUGAUGUGGAUUUUAGACACAGCUUACGUCCCAAGUUCAUCAAUUGAAGUGGCUAAAAGAUGCCUCCCUAAGAUCGUGGUAUGGGACAUUAACCAGAAUAAAGAAGUUUAUCGGUAUGUUUUUUCGAAAGAAGUCAUAGAGGACCCGUUUUAUCUGAACGACCUCGUCUUAGAUUACGGCGGUCAGAAAGAGGUUGAAUUCGUGUACAUAAGUGACACCCUUGGAAGAAAAAUGGUUGUUUAUAACCACAUAAACAAAACAGCUUACACAUUCGUUCAUUCCAGUUUUGAAAGAAAAAUGCAGUAUGGAAACAUUACCAUUAAUGGUGAAAGCGAAAUGGUUCCGUUGAGUGUUAACGGCAUAGCGAUAUCAGAUGAUUUCCGAUACGUGUACUAUUGUCCGAUGGCCUCAUUGAGUUUGUACCGAGUCCCUACGUCUGCCCUUAGAAAUAAAGACGCCAAUAUGGACGCGGUGGUCGAAAGCCUCGGUAGCAAAGGGAUUCAGUCAGACGGUCUCUAUCACGGAAGAGGAAGCUCACUAUAUUAUUCCACCUUAGGACAGAAUGGAGUUUACCGUUGGGAUACGUUAAAAAAUACAAAAGAAGUCUUGGUUAAAAACACCACAAUUGAAUGGGUAGACUCUCUAGGAAUGGACGGAAAAGGGUACUUGUGGUUCACAUCUAAUGAUUUACACAAGUAUUUUAGAAACGGAACAAUACCCGGCAAAUCCAAUUAUUUUGUAUGGAAAGUUUACGUUGGAGAAAAAGGAUACCUGGACACCCCUAAGGGAGGUCCUGUUUUUGGUUGUAAAGAAACGGGAUCAAAAUCAGCAUCUAUCGCUGAAAAGUGGGUUACAGUUGACUUUGAAUGGCCAACAUGCAAACAGCGAGAAAAUGCACUAGCUUCGAACAAUUAUAUUCCUGCAAAUAAUGAAAUAAAUGGAAUAAGUGUUUACAAGGAUAAAAUUUAUCUAACAAUUCCCAGAACCAAAAAUGGAGUCGUUAGUACGGUUGGGAUCUUAACCGAACACUCGAUUCAACCUUACCCGUCACCUGAGAUGAACACCAUUGGUGACUGUAAUGCUUUGCAAUCUGUACAAAGCAUGGAAAUUGAUGUUAACACGGGCUUUCUUUGGAUGUUGGACUCGCCAUCUGGAAAUUCAUGCAAACCUAAACUAGUUGUACAUGAUUUAAACAAAAAUACUGAAGUCUUCAGGUACGUGUUUACUGAGAGUCUGCUGGGUCAGAAAUAUUUUCUUGAAGAUAUUGUUUUAGAUUACAUUCAUCAAACCGCUUCGUUUGCGUACAUAUCCGACUCUUUGGGUGGAAAGCUUAUCAUUUUUGACGUCAGUAAUAAAUCCGCUUGGAGCAUAACGCAUCUAUCAAUGACCCAUAAUACCCAAUACGAAAAUAUAAUGGUAUCAGGAAUACAAACAAGUACUCAUCAGAAGGGAAUCAGAGGAAUUGCUUUAUCUCCAAAUUUCAAAUAUUUGUAUUAUUCGCCGCUAGCUGGCGUUAAACUGUACCAGAUCGAGACCUCCGUUAUAAGAAACAAGGACAGUACCGCCACAGACAUUAAUACAUCCGUCAGAGAAAUAGGAAAUAAAGAUUUCCCGACAUCAGGGAUGUACAGUACCAAAACCGGUCUCUACCUGACUGAUCUGAGCACUGGCUCUAUUCUGAAAUAUAGUUACUCGGCGACGGGGAAUCUAGUGAACGGCAGCAAAACGGAAGUGACGAAGAAUUGCUUGAUCCAAUGGCUAGACAGUCCAACUGUUGAUGCAAAUGAAAACCUUUGGUUUACUUCACGCAAUGUCGAGCCUUUCUUUGGCAAUUCUACGAUGACUGAACAUUUCAAUUUCUUUAUAUGGAAGCUUAACAUCGGUCAAAGCAAGGACACCUCUGCCGGCACAAUUUUAUCCGGCAGUACAUCUGUUUAUUUGUUACAGUUUUGGUUGAUCACGAUGCUGUAUUUCCAUAUUAUUUAAACCAGCAAUAACUGCUUAACGAUGAGGAACGAUUUGAAGGAAUGUUUUAAACUGUACCUCUACGUGAGAUUUUAAUGGUAACACAGCAUUCCUUUAGUAUGUCAAAUGAAUGAUGUGAUUUAAAAAAAAUUAACCAGCUAAAUUACAGUCAACAACACGCAAUGGGCUAGUGUACAGAAAAAUUUUCUUUAUAUCAAAUGUACAGAAUAGGUAUAAAGUCUCACGAUUCAUAAGUAAAGUAUAUCGAUGACAGCUGACUCCUCCACGGUUUAUAAACUUAAAAAAAGACAAGUUAUUCAAAACCAAAACCACCUGAGUGAAUUUUGGCCAUUGUUCUUCUUCAAUUCGUUGUUCGCAGAUACAAAAUUAAAACUAUUAUGAGGACACAAAAAAUAUUUCAUUUUCAAGACACGUUGAGUGCCUCUUGAUAUUUGAAGUACACGUAACGUGUUGUAAAUUUAGUCUCAUUGCGAACAAUUUAAAAUAUAUAAACCUUGAACUUGAACUCAGCCUGAUGUAAAUAACCAUUGAUAGCCUUUUACUGGGUCGCCGAUAAGCAGCUUUACAAGUAAUGUUCAGGACACCACAACAAGUGAACCAUAAUAGACACGAUAAAAGAAUGACAAAGACUGGGCUUUGUUAAAUUGUAUGCCUUAUUCCCUUAUCAUAUAUCGAAUACACAAAUUAUAUGUCUGUAAAUAUAUGAUCAUUAAUACGCCAUUAGUCUAAUGUUUGUAGAUAUCUAAAUCAUAAAAUAACGCAUAAAUCAUUGCUGCAUUUUGCUGUAUUAAAUAAUAUUAAUGUCGUUGUAUCUAUUGUAAUAUAAAUACUAUUAUAGAAUUUUGUACGUAUUCUCUAUUAGCUCAAGAUAAAUAGCUGUGAAUCGCUAAAAUCUUUAUUAAUAUGUCCCUCUUGUAAUAUAUUAAUUUGACAAAACCAUGGAAAUAAUUUCUUUCAAAGUUUGUCUAAAACUUUGUUUUAGAAUUAAUUUUAAUUCAGGAGUAACUCGGGUGGCCUUGUAUUUUCCCAAGAAGUUCUGCAUUGUCCUCAGUUUCCUGUAAUACAGAAAAUGUCCUCGAUAUUAAUAAUAGGAAAAAACCGUGUGACAAAAGUGUAUACAUGUAUCUGCGUGAGAUAAGAAUUUCGUCAUCUACAGAGUUGCAAAAAGCUCUACAUUAUUUUAGAAAUAACUGAAAUGAUAUUGCAUUAAUACAGGUAGCAACAUGAUGUGUUUUGGACUUAAGGUGGCUCUAUACACCCACAGUUUAUUCCAAUUUUCAAUAGAAGACCACAAAAUAUAUACUUAUCAAAUAUUAAAAUGACAAUAGGGAUACUAUAGGUAUUUUUAAAGAAUUUUUUAAUGUUUUUUCGUGUUUUUGUAAAAUAUUUUUUUAAAAGACAGCUAUCAACAAAUUGAAAGACAUUAUUUUGUCAUAUGAUGGAUAUUUCCAUCGGACACACAAAAAAAAUAUAACACUUCUUAACAUUCAAAAAUGUUAUUAUUGCAAUUUUGUUUAGUAUUUCCCCAAAACAUAUUUUUUCAUAUUUUCUUACUCUGUUGACAAAUCAUCUGAAAAAGUUGCUUGAUGUUAUAAGAAAAUGUAUUUUAAUAAAUGUGAAAUAAAAAAUUGAAUGAAAACAAUUGCAAAUAAACACAAAAAAUAUUUUAAAUUUUAUUUGGUAUGAAAGUUCCUCGUGUAAGGGUUAUCAUUCCUAAGUCCCAAGGCCCAAACACCUUGGGGACUUUUCAUUUCUGAGUUGAAGAAAAUUUCCUAAAUAUAAUGUUGGAAUGAUAAAUACAUGCAUAUUUCAUUAUAGACUUUGCCCUGUAUAAGUGAAUAUAUUCGCUUUAGUGCAAAACUAAGUCAAAUAAAUAAAGGGGAACAUUGACUAGGCUAAUAGGAUUUAUGUAUCCCAACCUGAGAGAAAUUCAAAGCAACCCUCUCAUCCCCGUUAGGUGUCGAUAAUAAUGUGCAUUAAAGUAUAUUAUAAUUAAAAUAUUUUCCCCUGUUUAGAAUUUUCUUUCACGGUAUUCAACCAAAAAAUACGUUUUAGAAAUUUUUGGAAAGUUAAAAAAUUUAUUGUUCUCAACGGGAGUCGAACUCAUGACCUACUGGUUUGUAGUGAACCCACUAACCCACUGCGCUACGGUGUAACAUAUCGAUGACGCUAAAGAAACUCUUAAAAAAUUUAUCCUUGAUUUUAUUGUUUAUUUCGAUAAAUAAUACCACACAACGUGAAGGUGUCACAUACCACAUUACUUGUAAGUAAUGAAUUUUCCAAUUAUCAAAUUAAAUCUAUCCAUUUAACAAAUUUUUCAAAAUAGCGGUUCCCAUACAAUUUACCUCAGUUUAAAUCAGCCAGUACCGGAAAUGCAUGUUUCCAGAUUUACUUUUUUGCGUACUGCGUCAUCAAAAAGUGGUGUAUAGAGCCACCUUAAUACCUAAGAAGGUUUUGAUCGUAUCUGCAUUGUUUAGGUAAUAAAUAGCAAUUAAUUAAAAAAAAUUCAACUUG